AUGCCACACACAGUCAGGGUCUCGGCAAAGUUCCACCAAGUGAGAAGAGUGAUGACCAUCCUUUUCCUUACUAUGGUUAUCUCAUACUUCAGUUGCAUGAAAGCUGCCCCAAUGAAAGAAGCUAGUGUAAGAGGACAAGGCAGCUUGGCUUACCCAGGUCUUCGGACCCACGGGACUCUUGAGAGCCUAAAUGGGCCCAAUGCUGGUUCAAGAGGACUGACAUCGCUGGCGGACACUUUUGAACAUGUCAUAGAGGAGCUUCUAGAUGAGGACCAGGACAUCCAGCCCAGCGAGGAAAACAAGGAUGCAGACUUGUACACAUCCCGAGUCAUGCUAAGCAGUCAAGUGCCUUUGGAACCCCCACUGCUCUUUCUGCUUGAGGAGUACAAAAACUACUUGGAUGCUGCAAACAUGUCCAUGAGGGUCCGGCGCCACUCUGACCCAGCUCGCCGUGGGGAACUGAGCGUAUGUGACAGCACGAGCGAGUGGGUGACGGCGGCAGAGAAAAAGACUGCAGUGGACAUGUCCGGGGCGACUGUCACUGUCCUGGAAAAAGUCCCAGUACCCAAAGGCCAACUGAAGCAAUACUUCUAUGAGACCAAAUGCAACCCCAAGGGGUAUACAAAGGAGGGCUGCAGGGGCAUAGACAAGAGGCACUGGAACUCCCAGUGCCGAACUACCCAGUCGUACGUGAGAGCUCUCACCAUGGAUAAUAAAAAGAGAGUUGGCUGGCGCUUUAUAAGGAUAGACACUUCCUGUGUAUGUACAUUAACCAUUAAAAGGGGAAGAUAG